UUUUUGCUUUUCCAAGAUGGCGGAUUUUGAGCCUGAGAAAAUGUCAAAACAGGUAGAAUAUUUUGCGAAUUUCCCUUGUCAUUUUACAACUAAAUUAAACUCAAACAAUUGUUACUUAACUGGCACCAUCUUAGCUUUGUACUGAAGCAGUUUUUAUUGUUUUUUAAAGGACUCUUUAGAUGGAAAAACAAAAGAAUCUAACUUGCUUUUCCCAGUGGAGGAAAACGAGAAUUUUGAUUUGAUGAACGAUGAAACGUUUGGCUCAGACUCUUUCGGUUUGUAUUCUCUCUCUUUUUUUGCUUUUUAGAACAAAGGGUUGUACUUGUUAAAUUUUGUACUAAUUGUAAAAUUUGUACAUUUGUUGCAAAAUUUUUGUACACUUUAUUGAAUUAUUGCAACAUUUUUGUACACUUUAUUAAUUAAUUAAAUAAUAGUGCAAUAACUACUUGUAGUAUUUUUAUUUGGCCUAUUUCUGUUGGUCAAUAUUGGAAACGUCAGGACUUUGUAUAAAAAUGUAAAAAAUAUACAAGUAAAUUUCAAGCAACAUGUAGCUUCCUGCCUGGAAAGUUUGUAAAUCUGUAAGUCUGAAAGUAAAUAUAUAGAAAGUGUCAAAAGUGUGCACCCGAUAUCUUGGUUGCGCGAUACAAACUUUCCACAAUGGUGUAGCUUUAAUAAUUUGUAGCCUGCCAAUGCUUUCGUGACAAAUCUUCAGAUUGAUAGGGCCAUAGAAAAAAUACUUCGGUUUCUAUUUUCCCAAGCUUUACCCGACGCUACGGAAAUCACCGACCCUAUCUGAAGUUUGGGAUGAGUUUGGAGCAAUUUUUCAUUCCUAGUUUUGUACUUACUGUCAUUGCAAUGGAAGUGUUGAUAAAAUAUUGUGUUUGAAUCAAUCAAUGGCUUUACGUUUCAGUGACUGAUUGACCAAUUGGGAAGAAGCAUGCCGGUAAACAGGAAGUUGAUCAAUUUUCUAUCAAAUGAAUUGAUCAAUUUGAAGAAAGGAAUUGGUGCAAUAUUUUAUCAACACUUCUAUUGCAUCGACAGUAAUGUUUAGCUAUAUAAAGUUAUGAACAAGCUUUCGUUGGUAGGGGUGCAGCUAGCUGCAGAAUAGUCGGAGGAUUUCAACGUUUGAGCGAAGACCCUUCGUCUGGCGGUACUAGACAAAGGGCCUUCGCUCGGAACGUCGAAAUUCUCCUUAAAUUUUUCAGGUAGUCCUAGUUCAGGUAGUUCGAAACGUCGAAAUUCUCUUUAAAUUUUGCAUCCCUAGCAACCAGGGUCUUAGCCAGGAUUUGCAACUUGGGUGUAGGCUGUUGCGGUAUAUCGAUAUACCGAUAAUUAUCGGUUUUUUAUAAAUACCGAUAACUCGAUAUUGAAAUUUUUAAUAUAUCGGAAUAUCGAUAUUUUUCGGUAUUAUUGAUAUCACAUUUAAGUUUGUAUAUGUUAACGUCAUAUUAAAGCUUUUUCAAGCGCUGAUUGGAGUUAUUUCAGAAGGACGAAGACGAUCAUUGUGUUAAUUCCGCGGUAAAACCCGUACUGAAAUUAAGGUUAGAGCGAGAUCUAAAACGUGUUUGUUUAUAAGUUGGCGUUGCAAGGUGUAAUAUGCAUAGAUAGUAAUAUGUCAUUUCGCGCUUGCCAAAAAAUGAACUUUUAGAAUGUAAACAACGGUGGAUUACAAAUGUUUUAGAAAAACAAAAACUAACCUCAUUGGAAAUUGUUUAUCUGGUGGACAACCUUUGUUUCGAAUUCGCAGUUGAAUAAAAUGUUUUGAAACAAUUUCCCGGUCAAAAAUAUCACACAUGAUUUUAAUAUGCAUUUUCAAUUCUUAAAGCGGACAUUUCACAGGCUACUGAUCACUGGCCUCACACUUUAUUGAAAAUAUCACGCACCCGAUGAGUCAAAGCUGUUAUAUCGUGGCUGUUUGGCAUCAUUUGAAAACAGAAACUUUUGCAUAAAAUUAAGCAACUUUUGCAUAAAAUUAAGCAAAAUACGAUCGCGAAAAAAUAUCGGUAUUAUCGGUAUUUUUUUUCCGGUAUCGGUUUUCGUUUUUUUUUCAAAUACCGCAACAGCCUACUUGGGUGUCCAAAUUUGAAAUUUCAUUUAUGACACCCAAUUUUUGCCAUAUGGAACCAUGGCACCACUUCAUGCACCAGUAAUUCAAUGUGAUUAUUCCCGAAUGCUGGGGGUAAUCGGUGACCGCACUUGAGAAUCGCUCAAAAAACUAAUAAUAUAUUCAAUUAUUCGGACUAUGUGACUACUCACUACACUGACUGCAUUUUAAUUAAUACUGAGUACAGUUUAAGUAAAUCUGCCAAUAUAUUAAUCUUAUGAUUGAUAUUAUGUUGUCACUUUCAUGCUAUAAAUACAGUACUUGUAGCUUUGAUAAGCUAUAGUGUGAGUGAAGAACACAACCAAAAAAAAACAAAAAGCAACUAAUUAUCUUAUAUAGUUAUAUUCUACGGUUUUUGGCAGCUAGGCCUAGGAAUCUUUGGUUUGGCAGAUUUGGCAGCUUGCAAGUGAACAAUGUUUAUUACGUCUUUUUUAGAACGCCGUCCAAAUUUGAAAAUGGCCGCCCAAAAGACGGCUGGACGAUAGGCUGGCUAAGACUCUGCUAGCAACGAAAGCUUGUUCAUAUUAUUGAUACUACCUAAACUGGCAGAGACAGUUCAAGAUUGUACAAAGAGUAUAGCCAGUUCAUUUCAAAGUUAACUUAACUCCUUUUGUCAGUACUGACUCCUUGACGAAAAGCCUUCGCUCGGAACGUCAAAGUUCACCUUGAAAAAUACAAGUGAAACUUCAAUGUUUUGAACGAAGUGACUUUGUUAGAGUAAAAUAACAAAUAAUUGCGGGAACCACUAAGUAUUUUCAUAAAAUACAAUACAACGGUAACUCCGAAUAAAGUAAGCAUUUUGAUUCAACGUUUCGACUUUAUUUAGUCAUCAUCAGGAAUGGUUAUAUUACAAGUGCAUGCGUUAUAUAUACUCUACGUAAUUUGAUAUAUAAUUAAAAGAAAACCGAUAGUUCUCUGGAUGCUUUAGUCCCAUGAUUCAGUUCCGGUAAAACAACCGUGUAAGUUCAUUGUUUAUUGGGAUACCACCAAUUUCGUGCAAAGAUAAAACACCUAAGGAGUUUCAAAGUUCGGUUGUUUAUAAAUUUUCAUGUCCUGGGUGCGGCAAAACAUACAUAGGAAAGACCGACAGAUGCCUCUACACAAGACUGAACGAACAUGCAAUCACAGACAAAAACUCAGAGAUUUAUAAACACAUUAACACUUGCGAACAAUUCAACUAUCUCACAAAUCUAUUACAACUGAACAUAGACGAACCCAACACUGACCAAUUUAACCUAACAGCCUUCCUACUGAACAACUGCAACAUUAUAGACAGGGCUAAGCACUGGUCAAAUCUGCUGUUCAAAGAAACACUCACCAUUCAUCGACAAAAAACGGAACUGAAUCAUGGGACUAAAGCAUCCAGAGAACUAUCGGUUUUCUUUUAAUUAUAUAUCAAAUUACGUAGAGUAUAUAUAACGCAUGCACUUGUAAUAUAACCAUUCCUGAUGAUGACUAAAUAAAGUCGAAACAUUGAAUCAAAAUGCUUACUUUAUUCGGAGUUACCGUUGUAUUGUAUUUUAUGAAAAUAACAAAGUAGUGUGCAUUAGGGUGCGAUGUGACUUAAUGGCUAAACAUACUUAUUGUCAUUGACAGACACUGGAUGGGUUGAUUCAGACAAACCUGACGCUAAAGUUGAUGAAUUUGAACAGUGGAAAAAACAACAAAUGGUGUUGUCUAACAAAGAGGUUCCGCUUGACGAGGCGCCUCCACGUAGCCAAGAUGAGGUAAACAUUCACACCGUGUUUGAACUAUGAUGACAUGGCUAGCAUUCUGUUACAGAUUCACUAUGUUUCUUUAGUCUGUGUUUACACUAUGACGUAUGCUACGGCAAAUUUCCUGCGGCGUAUUGAUUUCCAUCCGGACGGAGUGCCAAGCGUAGUGGUCUGUAAUUGGGACGCUACCACAAACUACUCCAUCACAGGGUGUUAGCCAGAAAAAAAAGUUUUGUCCAUUAAACUUAAAUUGGGAAAGUUUUUUUGACCGAUCAAAGUCUUUGUGUAUAGGAACAAAUCGUGUUUUUUCCAACGUGUUUCUCCUUAGAUGCAAACAACGGUAGCUUGGUUUUGUACAUUUCAUUUCCGGUGAUGAACACUGAAAAAUGCACCCGAUGGCACUUCGUUUUGUAUAUUCUAUUUCCGGUGAUGCACACCGAUUACACUUUGUUUUGUACAUUUCAUUUCAGUGAAUGCACACCCAAUAUGAAUGAAACGCAAUACAUUUUGAUAUAAUCUUCUUUUCUUUGAUAUAAUAAUAUAAAAUCAAUUAACGCAAUGCACUUUCUCAUCAGAAAAAAAUGAAAAUCUUCCAGUAGACCCAGUUGGGAAAGCCCCUUAGCUACUUCAAUUGGGAAGAGUCUGUCAAACGGACAGUAUAUGGUCUAGCUAACACCCUGCAACAUAGUGUAAACACAGUACUAAGAAACAUGGUGAAUUUUUAAUGGUGCAUGGCAUUGUAGUUAACGCAACCUCAGAUAUAUAAUUUGACAUGUAAGAAUUUGAUUGCAAUUCUUUUCUCUCCGAUCAUCUGAUCCUUCCUUGCUGCACAAAAAAUACCAGGAAUGUUAAAUUUAAUUGUGAUUUUCUUUCAGGAAAAAAUGGCAGAAGCUAUUUCAAAACUUGAAAGUAUUGGUAUCACAUCUCCCAAAAAGGUAUGCAUCGAUAGAUUAAAAUGUAGCAACUAUAUAUUAAAUGAAUAAUUAAUCCUCUUUGCAAUCAUUGGGCUUUUCCAGGCACAAUUUUCGGAAGCGGAAAAUUGCCUCGUUUGUAAUCAAAUCCAGCGGCAAUAUUUUUCCGAGCGGUAUAUGGAAAUAAACUUAAUGUAAAAUCAAAAUAUAAAGAAUGUCAAGUGUGAAACGUCUCUCCCAAGAACACCAAACAACAUAUUAACCUUGCCUGUUGCAGUAAUUGCAAAAACAACUCUGUAACGAAAACAUCGAUUGAGAACUUCAUUUUGAAAUCUGUCAAAUGUGCGUGGGAAAUUUGGUGCAAAUCUUUUUAUAAAGCUCAUGCACUUGAACUGAACAACAUUAUUAUACAACCUAUUAAAGAGAAAUAGAUAUGGCGGCAAAAAUUCUGGUAUGGGUAGACCCAAUUGAGUUGCAUUUCACCCUAAUGUCAAAAUUCAUAAGCUUAUUGGCUAAUCAUGUCAACCAUAAUAUGUCAUGUGCAGUGGCUUUAAACCUAAUAAAACACUCCUAAUUAGUAUUCUUUAUAUAAAUAAUACUAAUAAGGCAGUAUAUCUAUUGAAUAUAUAGUUGUGUUUGAAGCUGUUUAAUAAACUUGCAGGUCGUGUUUUAUUAUGUAUAAAGCCACUCACGCGCUAGCGUACGUAUGUACAUGGCUUUAAAACUAAUAAAACAAAGUUUGUUUAUUAAACAGUACUUUUACUUCAUGCAACAUCAGAGGAAAGCCAUCUUUUGCUUGUCAAAUGGAGAGUACGUGCUGGCACUCAAUGAGUUAAUAUAUGUAUUAUCUAAAGUAGGAGACAGAGCCUUCCCUCACAGCAUGUGACCCUGCUUACCAAAACAUAACAUUAACCUCUCGUCCUAAUAUAUUUACUCAUUAUUGUUAUCUAGGAGCCAGAUUCACCCCUCCGAAAUGCCCACGCCAUCGAGGCACUAUGGCCCACCUCACCAAAACAUAGCAGCAACGUUGUGACACCUGAUCAUUCACCUUAUCAUAUGUCUGAUCUGGUAGGAGAAUUUCUUAAACUAUAUUCAUUUACGACCAUACGUUCUCUGAAAUCUACAUAUGCAGGAAGUUUUAUAUUUGACUUAUACAAGAAAUUUUUAUUUUUGGAUUUUGCUGCCAGAAAGAGAAAUAUAUUUUCUAGGCAUGGCUUGCAAAUCUUCAACAUAUAAAGAACUUUUCUUGUUUAAUAAGUUUAAAUGUUUUUUCAGCUGUCUCCCACCCACAAUAUCUGGGGUUCUCCUUCAAGCGACGAGAGAAGUUCAGCAGCGGAUGAGAAAGAAGCACAUCCUGUCAAGAAUGACUUGGAUCACGAGGAUAAUAGAAAAUUAUAUUCCCCAGUCUUGGAGGUAAUCUGUCUAUUAAAUAUGGUAUGCUGUGGUAUGGUGUAGCAUGAUAUGGUAUGAUGUGCUGUCUAGUAUUGUAUGGUGUGUAUGGUAAGGCAGUAUGGAAUGGUGCAGUAUGGAAUGGUGCAGUAUGGUAUGGUAUGUGUAUGGUAUGGUGUGUAUGGUAAUACAGUUUGGAAUGGUGUAGUAUGGUAUGGUGUAGUAUGGUAUGGUGUGGUAUGGUAUGGUAUGGUAUGAUAUGAUAUGAUAUGAUAUGAUAUGAUAUGAUAUGAUAUGAUGUGGUGUGGUGUAGUAUGGUAUGGUGUAUGGUAUGGUAUGUGGUAUGGUGUGUUGUAUGGUAUGGUGUGUUGUAUGGUGUGUUGUAUGGUAUGGUGUGUUGUAUGGUAUGGUGUGUUGUAUGGUAUGGUGUAUGGUAUUGUAUGGUGUAUGGUAUGGUAUGGUAUGGUGUAUGGUAUGGUGUGUUGUAUGGUAUGGUGUGUUGUAUGGUAUGGUGUAUGGUAUGGUAUGGUGUAUGGUAUGGUAUGGUGUAUGGUAUGGUGUGUUGUAUGGUAUGGUGUAUGGUAUGGUAUGGUGUAUGGUAUGGUAUGGUGUAUGGUAUGGUGUGUUGUAUGGUAUGGUGUGUUGUAUGGUAUGGUGUAUGGUAUGGUAUGGUGUAUGGUAUGGUAUGGUGUAUGGUAUGGUGUGUUGUAUGGUAUGAUGUGUUGUAUGGAAUGGUGUGUUGUAUGGUAUGGUGUGUUGUAUGGUAUGUUGUAUGGUAUGUUGUAUGGUAUGGUGUGUUGUAUGGAAUGGUGUGUUGUAUAUGGUAUGGUAUGGUGUGUUGUAUGGUAUGGUGUGUUGUAUGGAAUGAUGUGUUGUAUGGUAUGGCGUGUUGUAUGGUAUGUUGUAUGGUAUGGUGUGUUGUAUGGAAUGAUGUGUUGUAUAUGGUAUGGUAUGGUGUGUUGUAUAUUGUAUGGUAUGGUGUGUUGUAUGGUAUGGUGUGUUGUAUUGUAUGGUGUGUUGUAUUGUAUGGUGUGUUGUAUGGUAUGGUGUGUUGUAUGGUAUGGUAUGGUAUGGUUUGUUGUAUGGUAUGGUGUGUUAUAUGGUAUGGUGUAUGGUAUUGUGUGUUGUAAGGUACAGUGUGGUUUUUGUGUGGUGUGUUUGGUAUGGUAUGAUAUGUUGUCUGGUAUGGUAUGGUGCGGUGGGUUGUGUUGUGGUGUUGUAUGCAGGUAUGCAAUGGUAUAGUGUGUUGUGACAUUUUGUAUAUAUAAUGGUAUGCUAAGGAAUUAUAUGGCUGUGAUAUGUUGUAGUAAUAGAAUAUGUACGCAGGGGUUUCAGAAUAAGCCGGCGGACGGCGGAGUUCCGCCGGCUACUUGAACUUUUACCGCCGGCUACUUUUCGUCUGGUCACAGGAAAAAUUUUAUAUACAAAGGUACAAGCGAACCAACACGAUGUUUGUUAUGUUCCAAUUGGAAUUCAAGGAGGCCUCGAAUUUCCCUGAAAUCAAUCGACGGCAAUGGUGUUAAAAAUUGCCGUAGAGUUUCCACGCGGCAGUUUUUUCAAAUUACUGUAAUAAAAAUUUAAUUUUAUUGUUAAUUUGGAUCGCUGACAAGCUAUAGAAACAUGUUUACGUAUUUCUUUAGUGUUUUUUUUUCGAAGAAAACUGAGAUUAAAAGAGUAAUUUACGGAUGAUUUGAUCAACAUCUGAAUUCAAGUAUCAAAAUAGUAGUGCACAGUGAACAGUUUAAAAAUUAUACUAUACGGCAAAAAAUUGUCGUCGUUGCCGCAAUGAUUUGUUCUCCCACUACGUCUACGGCAAUUGCCGCGAUAAAAUUCAAGCCCUGAAUUCAAGCAAAACACACUUAUUUUGGAAGAUCAAUAAGAUAAAUUAUAAUACAUAGUACCAAACAUAGCAAAAGAAAGAAAAAGUGAUGAAGUGAAGUUCUACGUACGUACAUACAUGUAAGUAUAACAUCAUUUGAUUAAUGAUUUCGGACUCACAAAUUAAUACUAUUACUGUAGUGUACAUUGUCAUUCUGUUCAUGCAGCUGUAAAAAUUAAACUACUAGUAGCACACUAACUGAGUACAUUGUCACUUACAAGUAUAAAUGCAAAUGACAUCUAAAUCUAACAUGUUAACAGUUGUACUUUGUCUUUUUACGUAUUCUAUAUUAUUUGAUUGUUAAUUUGCGGCGAAAUUUUUUAAAAUUUUCAUGCGAGGGCACGCCACCCUCUCCGCGAGAUUUUUUAACUAUCAGUCCGCACAGCCGGCUACUUUUUUGGUAGAACCUCCUACUUCAAAUCAUUUUGAAACCCCUGUGUACGGUACCAACGUAAGCCUACAACAUCUUUAAACCAAGUCUAACCAUGUUACUCUAGGAUGAAGCAAUAGUCUCGGCGCUUCCCAAGAGAAUUCCCAAACCAAUACGUCUUGAAGACUUAGAGAAGAUUGGUUUUCCUCCUCAAAUCAACCAGUUACCUCUCAACAUGCAUCCGUUUGUAAAUGGUCCUCCUAAACUUAUCAGACCUCCGCCCGGAUUUCCUUCUAACAUCAGGGUAAGUAUUGAUGAAAGAUUUCCUUCACCCCCUAUAGAAAUAGCAAUAGCCAAAACAGUUGGAAAAACACCAUGGGACCAUUUGUCCCAGAAAAUUUUGAGUUUCCCAGAAAAUAUUUCCCCAGAAAGAAAGAGAACAAGAUAAUUGUAAAACGUUGGACAAAAGGAGAAAUUCCAAGGAAAAUUGUAGGCAAUAGAAAGAAUGUUACCUUCACUGCAGGAUAUGAGCUCAGAAAUGCAAUUAUAAGUGCAUCCAUUUUAAUAAUGCGAUAGUGUGUAAAUGAUUAGGCCUAAAAAAAAUACCUGUGGUUCUGGUUCCCGACCGACCCUAUCUUUUUCUGCCGAUCCUAUUAUUUUUUCAACGCGAUUGACCCUGCGACCCUAUUUUCUCCGGGUGGUUGCGGGCUGCUGCCAAAAUGCCGUCUGUUGUCACACUAAUUAUUGAAAAAACCAUGAAAAAAAUAUUUAAAAAAAAAAUUUAUUAUUUACUAGCUACUAACUCUUGACGAAGGGCCUUCGCUCGAAACGUUGAGUUUCUGCUUAUUUUUUAAGGCAGUAAUAUAACCACUCAACAUAGCAUUUUCACAUUGGUACUACCCACACUGGUACAGACAGUUUUAGUAUAAAUAUAUAUACUAUAGAACGAUACAACAAAAGUUGUAUGACAACUAUAAUGCAUUUGUAGCCGCCAAUCUGGGACACGUGAUUUUCAAAAUUUUCUGGGGCCGGUUCAAAGCUGGGUUAGCUUAACCCUGGGUUAACCUAAAAUUCAAAGCAAACUUCCUGACAGCUUGUCUAUAAAUUUGGACAUAUUUCUUCAGAGAUCUUGUCUGGAUCGAUAGCAGUUUACUUCUCCGAAGUUUUGAAAUAAACAGACGUGCAGAAAUAUACAAACUAAAACAGGGGGUUAAAUUUUAACCCAGGGUUAGCGCUAAACCACCUUUGAACAACCCAGCCCAGGAGGAGCAAGGUUUUAAAAUGUUACAAAGUUUUUUUCACUCAUUAACAUUUUUCCUUUUCAGACUCCGUAUCCACUGCAGUCGACUCCCUACAUGCAAUCCCCCAUUCCACCUGUUCCACAGAAUGUGACCAUGGCUCAGGCGCAUGCUCAAGCGAUGUACACCGCUAUGAUGAAUCAAAGAAUGGGGUUUCCACAACCUUUCCCCCGCACCCCACCCUCCCAACCUGUCCACUUCCCAAGACCUGUUUAUCAUUCUGAUCCAG